UAAUGAAAUAAGUCAUUUUCCUGGUUUUGCUACUCACCUUAACUCUACAAACUUCAUUGUAGUCUAAAGUAGAUGUUGUUAUGGCACAAAUGGAUAAAAUGGCACUUAAGAAUGAAUUUUCUAAGCAAUUAGCUGGUUUAAUUGAACUCAAAAUGUUAUAAAGUUCAUAUGUUGAGGAAGUUUUGAAAGAAAUUAAAGGCAUUAGAGAUUAAUUAAUCUCAGAUUAAACAGUAGAGGAUCAAGAAUUUGCCAAAGUAAUAAUAAAAUAUAUUUCAAUUAGAAAAUUGGAUAAUUGAAUGUGGAAAUAGAAAUUUUGGAAAUCUAAACAGAAAAAUUAGCUAAAGAAUUACAAAGACUUAAUCAAUAAAUUGCAGAUUUAAAUGAAGAUAUUAGCAAAUUAAUUGGUACAUAAUAAUCAUAAGAAAAAUAAUUAUCAACUUUGAAUUCUAAAGAAGAAGACAUCAGAAAUUAAUAUAAAUUAGAAAUUGAAACUAUAUCAGUAUUACUUAUAAAUAUUUAUAGCAAAGAACAACAAACAAUAUAAAAUCUAUAGAUGGGUUAAAUGAAAUGAUUGCAAAACUCUAAUAGGCUGUAUUUGCUGAAUAAAGUAAAACAACUGUCCUUUCAUAAUAACAUACUAAACAAUAUGUUGAUGAACUUGCUAACUCUUUAGGACCAAAUCAUCCUAUUACAGCACUUGUUUCAGUAACUACUAAGUAUCUUAAUAUUUUAUUCCAGAUUUGAUGUUCCCACUGUUACCAGAAUUAUUUAAUUACUCGAAAACAUUCGAGAUCAAAGAAUCCAAGAAAAUGCAGGUGCAAAUGAAUAUGUUGCUAAAGUUACUUAAUCAUAUGAAGUAACACUUAAAGAAGUCACCGAAGUUAGAGAAAGAUUAAGUGCUGAUUAUUCAAGAACACUUAUUACAUUAAAAAGAAGAAAUGAAGAAAACGUAAUAUUUCAUCAAUUACAAAUAAGGCAUUGUCGACUAAAAGCAGAAAUCAAAUCUAAAAAGAUUUACCUAUUGCAUUGGAUUUGCUUCAAUAAUAUAGAAAUGAAAGGGAAAUAGUCUAAUCAAACUAUAAUCUAAGAUCUGCUAAGAGGGAAAAUGAAGUUAAAAUUAUUACAUAAGCAUAUACUAUCGUUGCCUAAUAAGUUAAGGUUUGAA